AUGGCUCCCUUAGCCGAGGUCGGGGGCUUCCUGGGCGGCCUGGAGGGCUUGGGCCAGCAGGUGGGCUCGCACUUCCUGCUGCCUCCUGCCGGGGAGCGGCCGCCUCUGCUGGGCGAGCGCCGGGGCGCGGCGGAGCUGGGCGCCCGCGGCGGGCCCGGGGCUGCGGAGCUGGCGCACCUGCACGGCAUCCUGCGCCGCCGGCAGCUCUACUGCCGCACCGGCUUCCACCUGCAGAUCCUGCCCGACGGCAGCGUGCAGGGCACCAGGCAGGACCACAGCCUCUUCGGUAUCCUGGAAUUCAUCAGUGUGGCAGUGGGACUGGUCAGUAUUAGAGGUGUGGACAGUGGUCUUUACCUUGGAAUGAAUGACAAAGGAGAACUCUAUGGAUCAGAGAAACUGACUUCUGAAUGCAUCUUUAGGGAGCAAUUUGAAGAGAACUGGUAUAAUACCUAUUCAUCCAACAUAUAUAAACAUGGAGACACUGGCCGUAGGUAUUUUGUGGCACUUAACAAAGACGGAACUCCAAGAGAUGGUGCCAGAUCCAAAAGACACCAGAAAUUUACACAUUUCCUGCCUAGACCAGUGGAUCCAGAAAGAGUUCCUGAACUGUACAAGGACCUACUAAUGUACAGUUGAAGAGUGAUAGUGUCUUUACUGAAGAACCAAACUACAACUAUUCUUUCUUAUUACAGUUCUCAUCAUAAAAUAAUAACCCAGGAAGACAUUCAGAAUGUUAUGGAGUCUAUUUCCCACUGGGAGACUGAAUUUGGAAAGAACAUUGAGAACAAACAAACAAAAAGUAUCUUGACUUGAAGUAGAUCAAGAUCUUUCUUUACAAGUGGAUUACGUUCCCUCGGGUACACUGGCUCUGUCCUCACUUGUAGAUUGAAGCUGAAAAUCUGUUAAACUGUGGGUAAUGGGAACCCCACCUAGUUUGCUGCUGGUGCCUCACC